AUGAAUAUCUCUAGUUUUGUUGAAUGUCUCAAAGCAUUUACAAGAGAAGGGAGAAAAAUCUGCCACCUUGAACUGUGGACCAAGGUACAAAUGUUAAGAAAAAGUGCUGCGUUUUUAAUUGUGAAGCCUUGUUUAAAAAAACGAUUACACAGCGUGAAUCAUACUCUUUUUAACCAUUUUUUGUUGUUGACGAGUGAUGAAAUAGAAGACACUCCUGAAGUUGGUCGUACAGGUAAUGAUGAUGGUGAUGGUGGUGACGGUGAAAAAAGAGGAACGUAUUUCGGAGAUUUUGAUAACCAUGCGUUCAAUACUUGCAAAUUAUCUCUUUCACUAAUUACUGAACGUGUUCAGGAAACGUCUAUUGUAGAAAACAAUAUAAUGUCCAUUAACGUUUUCAUAAAUUCGAAAAUUUCUGAAGAGAUUAAUAUUAUUUCCAACAUGUCUUUCAUAUGUACUUGA